AUGGUGUCUACCAUCGAGGACCUGCACGCGGACGUGCUGGCCUGCGCGCUGCGCCGCCUCGACGGCCGCUCGCUGGCCGCCGCGAGCUGCGCGACGGCGGGGCUGCGCGCGCUGGCCGCCGACCCGGGCACGUGGCGCGCGCUCUGCCUCGCCGAGUGGCCGUCCCUCGCGGCCCAGCAGCACCGGCACGGGCUCCUAUCCGCGGUUCCGCCGCGCCGCCUCUUCGCCGACGCGUCCCCCUUCCCGUGCCCGGACGCCGGGGAGCUCGGCGCCGGCGUGCUCCCCGCCAAGCUCGUCUCCGCGGUGGACGUGUACUACAGGGGCGCGCCCGUGCUGUCCCGCGUGGUGGAGACGCCCGCGUCGUCGCCGUGGUUCCUCAGCGCGCCGUUCCGCGUCGAGGCCGUCGACUGCAAGAAGCCGGCGCCGGUGGCGGCGGCCUUCUCUCCGGCGGAGCUCGAGCUGAGCUGGGUGGUCGUCGACCCCGCCCGCGGCCGGGCGGUGAACGUGUCGAGCAGGCGGGCGGUGGCCCUGGGCCGGCACUGGUACACCGGCGAGAUGCUGGUGAGGUUCGCGGUGGUGCUGGGCGGGUGCAACUUCGAGACCACCGUCGCCUGCUCCGAGGAGGCCGGACACGUCAGCGAGGUCAGCCUCGCCGUGGAGAACGCCGACGGCGCAGCGGUGAGCGGCGAGGGCGCCCUCCGGCUCCUCGCCGCGGCAAUGGAAGCGCGGAGGAGGGGAGGCGAGAGGGAGCGGGAGGAGGCCAAGGCGAGGUACGAGGUGUUCGUCCGGAACAAAAAGGGGAGGAAGGAGAGCAAGGCGCGAAGAGAGGUGCUCGUAGACCUGUGCUGCUCCGCCGCCAGCGCCGUCGCCGUGCUGGCCUUCUUCGCCACCGUCGUGCUCCGGUGACAAGUUCUUCUUGGCUUCUUGCCACCGACGGACGGAUCCAGCAAUGGAGUUCAUUCAUGCAUGAUGUAGGUGCACAGUAGGCAUCAUGCAGGAAAUGAAAUGUUUUGUCUAGAGUGCGUACAUCCAUUCUAGAUUUCUGGUGACAAAGUUGUCCUCCUAAUAAUCUAGGUGAAAAUGACAGAGAAAUGGAGGGACAGAAAAAUCUGCCUAUGAGUGCAUUGGCAUUCAAAAAAUCGUACUAUCAAGCAAUGUGACAUUCAAAUGGCACAGUUCUCCUUA